UGCCCGGCUCCAACCCCUGCCACAGCCCUCUAAAGUGGCCAACAUCCAGCUCCAAGCUCUGCCACAACCCUCAGACAUCACCAACAUCCAGCUCCAAGCUUUGCCACAACCCUCAGAUGUCACCAACAUCCAGCUGCAGGCCGCAGAGGUGACAAAUGUCCAGCUGCAAGCCCUGCCACAACCCUUGGAUGUCACCAACAUCCAGCUCCGAGCCCUGCCACAACCCUCUGAGGUUACCAACAUCCAGCUGCAGGCCGCCGAGGUGACAAAUGUCCAGCUCCAAGCCCUGUCACAACCCUCCAAGGUGACCAACAUCCAGCUCCAAGCCCUACCACAACCCUUGGAUGUCACCAACAUCCAGCUGCAGGCCACUGAGGUGACAAAUGUCCAGCUGCAAGCCCUGCCACAGCCCUCUGAGAUCACCAACAUCCAGCUCCAAGCCCUGCCACAGCCCUCAGAGGUGCCCAGUGUCCAUCUCCAGGCCACGGAGGUGACAGAUGUCCAUCUCCAGGCCACGGAGGUGCCCAGCGUCCAUCUCCAGGCCACGGAGGUACCCAGUGUCCAGCUGCAGACCACAGAGGUGACAAAUGUCCAUCUCCAAACCACUGAGGUGCCCAACAUCCAUCUCCAGGCCACAGACGUGCCCAGCAUCCAGCUCCAGGCCACAGAGAUGCCCGACGUCCAGCUCCAGGCCAUGGAGGUGCCCAACAUCCAGCUGCAGACCACAGAGGUGCCCAAUGUCCAUCUCGAAACCACUGAGGUGCCUGAUGUCCAUCUCGAAACCACUGAGGUGCCCAACAUCCAUCUACAAGCCACAGAGGUGCCCAGCGUCCAUCUCCAGACCACGAAGGUGACCAAUGUCCACCUGCAGGCCACCGAGGUGACCAACGUCCAUCACCAAACCGUGGAGGUGCCCAGCGUCCAUCUCCAGGACGCAGAGGUGACCACUGUCCAGCUGCAAGCCACUGAGGUGCCCAGCAUCCAUCCCCAAACCACAGAGGUGACAAAUGUCCAUCUCCAGGCCGCAGAGGUGCCUAGUGUCCAUCUCCAGACCACUGAGGUGCCCAAUGUGCGUCACCAAACCACUGAGGUGCCCGGUGUCCAUCUCCAAGUCACGGAGGUGCCCAGCGUCCAUCUUCAGACCACGGAGAUGACCAAUGUCCAUCUCCAAGACAACGAAGUGUCCAGUGUCCAUCACCAAAUGAUGGAGGUGCCCAACAUCCAUCUCAAGAUCACGGAGGUGCCCAACAUCCAACUGAAGACCAUGGAGGUGACAAAUGUCCAUCUCCAGGCCACUGAGGUGCCCAACUCCUGUCACCAAAUGGUGGAGGUGCCCAGCGUCCAACUCAAGACCACGGAGAUGCCUAACAUGCAUCUCAAGACCACGGAGGUGCCUAAUGUCCAACUGAAGACCACAGAGGAGGUGCCCAACGUCCAACUAAAGACCAUGGAGGUGCCCAACGUCCAACUCAAGACUGUGGAGAAGGUGCCCAACAUCCAACUCAAGACCGUGGAGGUGCCCAAUGUCCAACUCAAGACCGUGGAGGUGCCCAACGUCCAGCCACAGCCCCCCGAGGUGCUUGUGGUGCGGGGGGGCCCGUCCCCCUCCCCAUCCCCAUGGCUGGCGGUGGUGGGGGCAGCCGGGGGGCUGCCCCCUGUGUUGCUGCUGCGGGGGUGUGUGCACGACUCUGCCCGUGUGCAUGCCCACGUGUUCCAGUGUGUGUGUGUGCAAGUGAGUGUGCACGUGCCUGUGCCCGUCUCAGUGCACAUGCGAGCGUGCAACAGCUGUGUGCGCGCCCUGUGCCCAUGCUCGCCGGUGGUCCUCAAGCUGAUGCUGAAGGAGCAGACGGAGCGGCGGGCUUUCCUGCGGGAGUAUUGCAUCGCCCUGUGCCUCUCCAGCCACGCCGCCUGCCUGCGCGCCCUGCCCAUCGCCUUCGAGAGCGCCACACACUUCGCCUUCGGGCAGGAGCUCGCUCCCGCCGGGGACCUGUGUGCCCUCCUCAACCCGGGGGAGGGCCUGGCGGAGGAGCUGGUGAAGCGCUGCGCAUCCCAGCUGGCUGAGGCGCUGGACUUCAUGCACAGCCGUGCCCUGGUGCACCGGGACGUCAAGCUGGACAACGUGCUGCUCUUCGACCGCGAGUGCCGGCGGGUGAAGCUGGGUGACUUCGGGCUCACCCGUGUGCAGGGCUCGGCAGUGGGUGCCAUGUCUGGCACCCUACCCUACGCCCCGCCGGAGCUCUGCCUGCUCCAGGGCUCUGACACGCUGGAGCUGGACUCCAGCUUGGACGUCUGGGCCUUCGCCGUCCUGCUCUUCUGCCUCUGCACCGGCUGCUUCCCCUGGGCCGUGGCCGCCAGCUCCGACCCCCAGUUCGAGGACUUCAGCGCCUGGCAGGGUGGCGCAGCGGGGCGGGGGAUGCCUGCGUCCUGGCGAGGCUUCGGCUCUGGGGCGCUGGAGAUGCUCCGGCGCUUGCUGACGCUGGACCCCGACCGCCGGAGCCCGGCCAUCGAGGUGCAGAAAUACCUGUCCCUGCCCUGGGUGAUGGCCCCCAGCACCGGGGAGCUGGCACCUAGCAGCUCCCGGUCCCCCCUUACCGGCGGCAUGGGGGAGAGCCCGGGGGGCACUGGGGGAUGGGGUGCUGCUAGUGGGGAAGGUGGGGUUACCAUGCCACCCGCUAACGCGCUGGCCUCGUGCCGGUAG